AUGCAGUCAAUCAUGGGUGCAACGCCCAUGGCCAAUGCGCCUUCCAACCUCGGCAUCUCCGCCAGUCCAAAUGCUUCCAACACAGGCACAAUCACAAAUGCACUCAAAGGCUCCAAUCCACCCGUCUACAGUAGUGCAGAGGCAGCCGCCAAUGCGCAAGGUCUCGUCUACCCUUCACUUCACCUUCACCCUCUCAACGACACUUUCGCACCAAAACAGAUCAGCCUUGCACCGCCAGGUCCCAACAACCGCAUCAAGAUCGGCCGUCAGACGAAUGCAAAGACAGUGCCAAAUCCCACCAAUGGCUACUUUGACAGCAAGGUCCUCUCGCGUAUGCAUGCAGAAGUAUGGAGUCAGAACGGCAAAGUCUACAUCAAGGAUGUCAAGUCUUCCAACGGCACAUUCAUCAACGGCGAGCGUCUCUCGCCAGAGGCACAAGAGUCGGAUGUCUUUGAGCUGCACAACGAGGAUAUGGUCGAAUUUGGUAUUGACAUUGUCGGCGAUGACAACAAGACAAUCAUCCACCACAAGGUCGCCUGUCGUGUCUACUUGGUCUUGACUGCAGAGGAUGCGCUCAGCCUUCGUCACGACUUUGCAAGCCUGUACAGAGGUGGCAUGCAUGGAGGUCCUCUCGGCAGCAACGGCGUUGGCCCCGGUGCCGAAGGUGGACUUCGCAGAAGUAAAGCCGGUUUCAGCUUCGAUCAUGUGCUCAGCAAGCUGCAGAGCGAACUGCAAAGGAGCAAGGACACCUGGAACGAUCUCGGUAGCCUCACCACAACGAUGCACGACAUCCACGAGACACUCGGUGGCAGUGCACCUCCGCUUUCGUCAGCUCCCUACCCACACCUCGUGCCACUCCUCCCCGGCGCUGUCAACGCUCAGCAGCAGCAACAGCAUGAACAGCAACGUGCCAAAGAUGCCGAGAACCAAGCAGCCACCAACGAAUCACACUCCGCAACCAUCUCGGCCCUGCAAACACAGCUCUCAGAGACGCAGUCGUCCUUGGCUGCUCAUGUCGACAAGAUCCGCAGCCUCGAGUCCAUUCUAUCCGAGCACGACUCGAUCAAGCGCGAAGUUAGCAGUAUCAAGAUGCAGAUGGAAGAGGCAAAACGCGAGAUGGAGGCAGCUGCCAUGUCUUCUGGCUCCCAGUCCAGCAUCAACGGUUUCGGCACCAUCCGAGGUACGCCCAGUUUCAACCGUUCGCUUGAGCACGAUAACUUUGACGAUGGUGCUAGCGUAGCCAGUGUCGAGACGGUGACGCAGAACAACGAUCAAGAUUCGUUCGGCCCUGGUGCUUCUUCAGGUGCAGACCAUGUCGGACCUCGCGCACCGCCCGACAUGCCAUCUCACCUCGUGUCGGAGGAUGCCGCUGACGUGGGCUCUAUUCGCGCUCCCGAGGUGUCUGAAGCGUCUUCUGCCAACCUUGGCAAAUCAGAUUCUCACUCUAGAGAUCUUGCACCAGCUGCAGCCCUCACAUGGCAAGGUCUUGGCAAACAUGGCGAAGAACGCGAUGUCGAGCUUCGUGCACAGAACGAGGCACUCUCGGCGAGACUCGAGCAGCUCGCAUCGCAGCUCGAGCAGGCUUUGGCACUCAGCCGUGGUCUUCAAGACCAGCAUGCACUGGUCAACGACACUGUCAAGACGUUGGAAGAGCGUGUUCAUACUCUCGAGAAGCAAGUGGAGCAGAAGGCUGCUACUGCACCGCCGGAAGAGGCGACAGCAGCGCUGCUCAAGGGCAUUGAGGGUCGAUGGACUGAAUUCCGCAGCGACUUCGAGGAGAGCUGGCGCAAGGAACGCGAAGGAAUGCAGACCGAGCGGGAAGAGCUUCGUCAGGUGGUACGUGCAUGGGACGAGGCCAAUCGACGUAUGGAGGACGAGUUGAAUGGCGAUGCUGCCGAUGACUCGAGCCAGCAAGGCAAAGAGAGCAGCGGAGCCGACGCAGUGCCGGAAGAUGCUGCGCCGUCCGGCAGCAGCGUCGCUGGACCGUCUUGUUUGCCUGCUGCAAACGGCCCGAGCAGUCGAGGCAAGAGAGGCAACGGCAGCCGUGGAAAACGACAUGUCAACAGUGCGCUACGUUCGCUUCUAUACGGUAGUUCCGCUGCCGGUCUCAUUCUCGAGGCAGACGGCAGAGAUCUGGACGAGGAUGAGAGAUGGAGUCACACAGCGCGAUCACGACCUUUGGGUCGGAAUCCUGACGACGAUGCCCUGUCCACCAGCCAGUCCGUUCGAAGCAUCGCCGACUCGACAUCUACAAGACCGUCGACAUCAACAGAAUUGACGACGCCUGACCUCGGCCCUGAUGCGUCAAGAGGAGACGCUGUCUUGGAUCCUCCUUCACAGAAUAAGCAUGAUGGUCACUACAAUCGCUCGCGUCACGGCCGAGAAGGCGGAGCAGACGGCAGCCAUCGGAAUGCGCAGGCUGUAGCGCCUCGGACAAUAGCUGCUGCCGGUGUCGUCUUUAUCGGUGUCACAGCAUGGAUCUUGGCCGGCAAAGAUUUGACCCGACUCAAUGUGGCGUUAUCGGGCAAGUCUUGA